AUUUCUUGGAUAUCUCUCGCAGGUAUUAUUUUAUUGGUUUGUGUGGAAACCAAAAGUUUCUCUUGCCUUUUUUAUGACUUUGGAGUGCAAUUCGUCCCGCAUCAAAAUUUAGUGCUUACUAGCUGCUGUGAUGGAUCCUUCCGGAAGUUAUCCGAGUGACGUUGAAGAAGACUAUUAUUCAUUUUUCAACUUGAGCAAAGACGCAACGGAAGAUGAAAUUACAAACGCGUACAAGCGCUUGAGUCGGGUGUUUCAUCCUGAUAAACAUACGGAUCCUCGGAAGAAGGAGAAUGCUGAGCAACUCUUCCACAAGACGAAGACCAUCUACGAAGUACUCCGCGACCCCAGGAAGAGAGCAAUAUAUGACACUUUGGGUGUGAAGGGCUUGAAUGUCGAUGGCUGGGAAGUGGUGGAGAAAGCAAAAUCCCCGGAGCAAAUUAGGGCUGAAUACCAACGCCUGGCGUGGCUGGAAGAAGAGAGGCAGUUGUUACAAGCAACUAACCCGAGAAGCACGGUUGUACUCAACUUCAAUGCUUCGGACACAUUCUCCUCUGCCUACCUUGAUUAUGAGUUUGAAGAUGACGAAUACGAAUCCUUUUUCCCUAAGGUCGAAGUGAGUGGCAUGUCUUUUAGUCAGUCUAUUGAAGUCCCGAUGUCUCCGGAGGACACGGUUUGCUUGACGGGAAAUUUACAGACGAACAACGGUAUUGGUUCUGGUGCAAUAAAUGCAAGUUUACGGAGGAUGCGUUCUCCUGGAGGAUACGAAUUCGGGUUUGGGAUCGGAGAUGGGCUGAUUGCUUCCGCCAAAGGGUUCCGGUCAUUUUCCAGUCGCAGUUAUGCGACACUAACCGGAGACUGUCUCUUCACUUCACGCGGACUCAGUCCUGGCUUUGUUGCAAGUACUUCCUACCAGUUCGAUGAUGCCUACCAAGGAGUAUGGGCCUGGAAAGGCGGGAGACAAAGUGGCAUGACCUUAACAUUGAUGCGAAACACGGUGUUGAACAGUUCCCAGAUCAGUCUUCACCUCGGCAUUGCAUCAGUUUACACUGCAUUGUCGUCCACUUGGAAGAUGCCACAGAGGGAUGCAAAAAUCAAAGCUGGGAUCAAGGGAGGAACGUUUGGUUGCAUCAUCGAAGGCAGUUUUGAGAAGAAGAUUAGCAAGUACACGGCAAUAGGAAUGUCAUUAACCGUGGGAGUACCACUGGGGGUAUCAGUCAGACUAAGGUUCAUUCGCUCCACUCAGACCUAUAUCUGCAACUUCAUGCUCUGUGAUGAAGUGAUGCCGAUCCCGAUUGCAUACGGGGUUGUCCUGCCCACAGUGGGAUACCUUGCGUUCAAGCAGCUCUUCUUGGACAAGUACAAAAAAGCUGCUGAAGAGCGGGAUUUGAAGCUGUGGCGAGAAGCGCAUGCUGCCAGGUUGCGAGAACAGCGCGAAGAAGCAGAAGCAACAAUAGUAUUGUUGCGUGAGACCUACGCUCGAAACAGAGAAACUGAAAUUUCGAAGCAUGGUUUGGUGAUAACUAAAGCAAUCUAUGGUCGCAUUGACGAAGAGAGUGGGAAGCUUUCUACCAUGGAAGGAGAAACUGUGGACGUGACAAUCCCACUUCAGUGCCUUGUGAAAGACUCCCAGCUGGUGUCCAUCACUUCGAGCAAGGCCCAGCUACCUGGGUUCUAUGACCCCUGCGUUGGCGGAAGGAAGGCAUUGGAAAUAGAAUACACGUUUCGGAACAAGCCACAUAAGGUGUUCGUGGAAGACAAUCAGAGGAUCCGUCUCCCGAAAAAUGGUUGAGUUUCAAGAUUUAUUCAUUGGUUUCGAAGUGAUCGUCUCUCGAAAGGAUGGGUUCUGUAGCUUCUCUGGGAAAAACUUUAGGAUUUUUCCUUGAAGAAAGUCCGUCGGGACAAUUCUCGAGAUGCCCAAGUACUUGGUUGAUCUAAGCCGGAAAUUUCAGAAAUAUUUCCGCUAUUGACAACAUUUUUGCGGAGCAUCGUUUGUGCAUCGUACUUUUGAGUGACCUUUUUGUUUAAAGCUUCUGACUGCUAUGUAAUGAAUUCUUCUACCUCCGGUAAAGAGAAUGGCCGAAAUAUCAAAUAUGGGAGGUGUGUCUCGAAAUGUUUAUAGAGAUGGUUGUAUUUUUGUUUAAGCCGUCAAAGGCUUUCGUGCUUAUUAAAAUCACAAAGGGUCUCCGAAAUGUCCUAGCUCGUCGUCGAACAACCUUCACCAAAAUCUUAAAACUCGUGUUUUUUUUCAAGUCCACGUCCGAAGCUUUACGAGAGCGACUGCAGUUGAUGAAUUGCUGAAAACUUCAGGGGUAAUGACCAUGGUAGCAGUGACAUAAUCCAAAGAAAAGAGCUGUAAAUAGCAUUGCGCAAAAGUUCUGAAAGUUUUCAACAUUGCCUUCGUUCGAAAGUGGCGAUGCUUCUGAAAUAUCCGAUGACUUCGACGGGCAGCGAACUUGGAGAAUGACGCAUCAUUCUUGUGCCUUUAAUUUUGAAGAAAAAUUGAUCUGACUUUAUCAUAUGUUGCAGGACACUCCGUGGCAUCAUCCUGACUCGAGACCGAAGCGAAAUUGCCUUGUUCUCGUGUUUUUUAGUGCGUAUAUUUGCGGGUGCUGAACGUGCAAAAAAUUAAAAUUUUGGUAGUGUCCAACAAAUUUGGAACAGAUGGUGCA